UAAAAAAAUGAAUGAAUUAUAAUAAUUGUACACAUAUAUAUGCGUAUGAAUGUAUAGCAAAGAGAGAAAUACUUAGUUCUAUCCUAGUUUUUAAUUUAUCGAAUAAGAUUUUUAUCGUGAUACAUGUUAUCCGUGAAGUGAAUAUAUACUCGAUAGUUAAUAGGCAAAUCGCAUUUCGCAGAACUAAACGUUAAUCGUAUUGAGUCACAAUAUGGACAAGGAGCCUAAAAAAGACCAAAAAGAUGGUAGUCUAAAUGAGGAAAAACAAAACGUUUUAUCUGAAUCAGAAGUAGAAAAUUAUUCUGAGAUGGAAAAAUUACGUAGAUAUUUAGCUCAAAAAUUAAGACUUGUUGACUUGCCAACAAAUGAUCAAAAUAAUGAAUCACAACAGUUGGUUCUUUCCAAACUCAGUUUAGAUGGAAUUGUCGAGUAUAUUAAAGAAAACACAAAUUGCAAAAUCAUUACUAUGGCAGGUGCUGGAAUCUCUACCUCUGCUGGAAUACCAGAUUUUCGGUCUCCAUCUAGUGGACUUUAUCAUAAAUUAGAUAAGUAUAAUUUACCCCAUCCGCAAGCUAUUUUCGAAUUAGAUUUUUUUAUGAAGAAUCCAGAACCAUUUUUUACUCUCGCAAAGGAAUUAUUGCCAGAAGGCUUCAAACCUACAAUAAGCCAUUAUUUUAUUCGUCUACUGUCAGAGAAAGGUCUAUUGUUACGACAUUAUACACAGAAUAUUGAUACACUGGAACGUGUAGCUGGAUUAUCAUCUGACAAACUAGUGGAAGCUCAUGGAACAUUUCAUACUGGUCAUUGUCUUAAAUGCCGAGCGCCUUAUACACUUCUGUGGAUGAAAGUUAAACAUAAGACUGAAUUUUUUAAUUUUAAUUAGAAAUAAAUUUUAUAUAUAAAUGAAGGUGUUGUAAAACCAGAUAUAAUCUUUUUUGGUGAAACGUUACCCGAACGCUUCCAAAUACUUGCUGAUCGAGAUUUCAUACAAGCUGAUCUUUUAAUUAUCAUGGGAUCAAGUUUAGUAGUGCAACCUUUCGCAUCGUUAAUAGAUAGAGUACGAAACACUUGUCCUCGUUUACUCAUCAACAAUGAGAAAGUAGGUACGCAAGAUCGUCUAUCACGUUUCUUAGGAUUACGGCAGGGUUUGGUAUUUGAUGUCAAGAGCGCACACGGAGGACGCGACGUAGCUUGGUUGGGCGAUUGUGACACAGGUUGUCAACUACUAGCGGAUAAACUUGGCUGGGGGGAUGAAUUGCGAGCUCUCAUGCAAAGAGAACACGAAAGAUUGAAAGUAGAAGAUAAAAGUGACAAUUAACUGAUGUUACUUGAAUAAUGUUAAUUAGUGGUUUUUCUUUAGAAGGAAUAGAUUAUCCUUUUAUUAAUACUGUCAUUUGAAAAACAUGUUAAAAGGAUAAAAUUUUACUUAAAAUAGGUAUUAAUACUUAAAAUAAAAAUAUUGUU